CUGCUGUGUGAGUCGUGGGUGUCUAAUGGGUGUGGAUGUAUCUUUCAUCUACUGGCCCUUGUGGGAAGUGUCGUAAGAGUUAACAUGUUGACGUAAUUAUAAUACAGAGAAUUAUAGAAUUCUCUAUUGAUAUUUAAAAAUGUGUGUGUCCAACUUGGUAUUGCAGUUGACUAAUUUAGGAUUAUGCAAGUGAAGUUACGUAGUACUUGAACUGUCGUGUAAGAUUGCAAAAUGCCUGACGCUAUUUUUAUGAAUAAUCUUGAUUUUACGACAUGACAUUGAGUACAUUAUCUACAAGGUGCAAAAUGAAUUUUCAAUGGCAUUUGGUAUUGUGUGGAAUAUUAAUGCUGUCGAGUUGUCAGAAUGUUCUUACUCAUUCUACUCCUCCCAAUUACGAUGACAGCUGGGGGUUAGACGAGAUAAAAUCUCUUUUUGCUCAAUCGUCAAACGUGAGUCCCAGAAAAGUAAGAGACAACACUCAUGAGGAUACGAAUGCAACUCCUUCCCAAGUUACAGAAUCUAAAAACGAUAAUGUAAAAAUGAAUUUGACAUCUUCAACAGAAGUGAAUAAUAGCACUUUCUCACCUAUGUCUGUUACACCUAGUCAGCAACCUAGUGUAUCAACCCUCUCUCCAAAUGCUUCAUCAACCACAGUUAUCUCUGCAGAUCCUAUUUUGCCUGAUAAAGGUUCUGCUGAAGAGGAACACAAUAGCUCUAUGUCCAUAUUCUUUGUUUUGUGUGUAAUUGCAUUAGGAAUUUUGUUGAUACAUGUUAUGAUUCAGACCAAUUUUCAGUAUUUGCCAGAGAGUAUUGCUAUUGUAUUUUUGGGUGCUGUUAUUGGCUUUAUUUUGAAUUUGAUGAUAGACAAGAACAUUGCUAACUGGAGGAAGGAAGAGGCAUUUUCUCCUACUGCAUUUUUUCUUGUGUUGCUUCCCCCUAUUAUAUUUGAAUCAGGAUAUAAUCUUCACAAAGGUAAUUUUUUUCAGAAUAUUGGUUCGAUUUUAGUGUUUGCUAUUAUUGGGACAACAAUUUCAGCUUUAGUCAUUGGUGCUGGUGUCUAUCUUCUUGGUCUUGCCCAAGUUGCUUAUCGUCUUAGUUUUGUUGAAAGUUUUGCAUUUGGUUCAUUGAUAUCAGCAGUUGAUCCAGUUGCCACAGUUGCAAUAUUUCAUGCUAUGGAUGUUGAUCCUGUACUUAAUAUGUUGGUCUUUGGUGAAAGUAUUUUAAAUGAUGCAGUAGCCAUUGUUUUGACAACUUCUAUAUUAGAAUCAAAUAAUCCAACUAUGUCAUCAUCUGAAGCAGUAGUUACGGGAUUCAAUAGAUUCACUUUGAUGUUCUUUGCAUCAGCAGGAAUAGGUGUUGUUUUUGCCCUUGUCAGUGCCCUCUUAUUAAAGCAUGUAGAUUUACGUCGAAAUCCAUCCUUAGAAUUUGGCAUGAUGUUAGUUUUUACAUAUGCUCCUUAUGCUUUAGCUGAAGGGCUUCAUCUGUCAGGAAUAAUGGCAAUUUUGUUUUGUGGAAUUGUUAUGUCUCAUUAUACACAUUUCAAUCUAUCAACUGUAACACAAAUUACCAUGCAGCAAACAAUGAGAACUCUUGCAUUUAUUGCUGAAACAUGUGUAUUUGCAUACUUGGGUCUUGCACUGUUCAGCUUUCGACAUCGAUUAGAAUUAGCACUUGUUGUAUGGAGCAUUGCACUUUGUCUAAUUGGACGAGCCUGUAAUAUCUUUCCCCUUGCUGUACUUUGCAAUCGUUUCCGAGAGCAUCAGAUUACAAAAAAAAUGAUGUUCAUCAUGUGGUUUAGCGGUUUACGUGGGGCUAUUGCGUAUGCUCUCUCUUUGCACUUACAAUUCAGUGAUGAGACUCGGCAUGUGAUUGUUACAACUACUCUUAUAAUAGUUCUCUUUACAACUCUUGUGUUUGGAGGUUCUACAAUGCCCUUAAUGAAGUUCUUACAAGCAGACAGAAAACAGCGAAGUCGUAGAAGGCGUCGUGAAAAGGAAAUAACUCUUAGCAAAACCCGUGAAUGGGGUCAAGCAAUUGAUUCCGAACAUCUUUCUGAAUUCACUGAAGAAGAAAUGGAAGUUAAUUUUAUUCAGUCAAGAAUAAAAGGAUUUGCCAAAAUAGAUAUAAAAUAUUUUAUCCCAUUUUUCACUAGAAGAUUUACCCAACAGGAAUUGAAAGACUGCAAAAGCCAGAUGACAGAUUUAACCAAUCAAUGGUAUCAAGCUAUUCGUGUUUCUCCUACAGAAACUGAUGAUGAAGGUGGAGUUAAUCACACAUAAUUGUUGUAAAUAUUCUAGAAAGCGAAAUUAUCUUAAGAGCUAGUGCAGCAGACCUUCCUGACUUUCACCAAAUUUUAAAUUGAAAUUUUUCUUCUUCCAACACUUGUCAAUGUGCUUUGAACUGGUAUAUAACAUGGUUGUUGUCUGUGCUAUAUUCUAUUUUUCACGUUGAACAUGUAUAAAAGAUUUUUCAUCAACAUGAAAUUGUGCUAGUCAUUUUCUAUGUCAUUUCAAGAAUGUGUACUUGCACAAAGCCAAAUUUAUUUUGAUAUAAAAUACCACUGUGGUUAGAAAACAUUAUUCAUAACUGGCCCCUUGCUAUACAGUAUUAUGAAAACAUUUGUAAAAUAUAAUAAAUUGUUUCUUGAAAGAAAAGAAAAAUAAAUCCAAUGGACCCUUAUUUUACCUGAUUUUCCCCAAGAUUACGCAUGUUGGAAGUCUGGAUCUUAGAAGUAUAGGAAUGCCACCAUGUGGGAAAAAGAAAAACCAUUGUUUUGUCCUAAUAAAAUUUUAUCUUAAUAGUUCUUACUGAUAAAAUUAUAGGACAUUUAUGGAGGUAAGUUAUUUACUGAUUUUAUCAAUAAACUUAGAAAUAGUAAAGCUUUCGCUGAAACUAUUAAAAUUUAUUAUGAAAUCAAUUUUUGGGGGGCUUUUUAUUAUAUUGAAUUAUUUAUAUUUUUUAUAUAAAUUUUAGGUAUAUUGGAUAUAACAAAUAAAAAUUUGUAUACUGUUUGCCUCUUUUUUUUUUUUUUAUCAUCUCAUCUGUUACCUUUAUGUUCUCACUAUG